UCGCCACAUAAUGACAUCCUGUUAAAGUUCUUGCAAAAAGUAGUAAUAUCUCAAUCGAUCCAGGUUCUGUGUAUGUUUUACACGAAUAAUUUAAGCGUUCCUAAAACAUUAUCAGUAUUUUCGUAGACAUCUUAUAUUUGUGCGACGUAAUCUGCAGAAGUUACGCAGAAUUAACAGACUGGUCGUUUACCUUACACGGUAAGCAAAGACCCCGGCAAGGCAUUGGCUUGUGGAAGGGACACUGUCAUCAUAAUGAAGUACCACAGAGGUGUUAGUGUUUCAGAGGACACCGAAAAGCUAAAUCGAAAAUGGCGUUCGAUUGCCGAAUCUUUCAGUGCAAAAGAAUGCAUCUCAAUUUGUCCAAAGAAACCACCAAAUCAAGACUGUUGCCAAUGUGGUCGUUUAGUGGUCGAUCACCAAAUAUACUCACAACGGAUUGCUGAAGAAGGUGAACUCGAAGGUCAACAGCCUUGGUUCCAGUCUUGGUCAUCAGCAACACAUACUCAAAAAUUUCCCACAAAUGCUUUUGGUGUGAUGGAGUUCCAGGGAGUUUUCAACACAAGUCGGGCUAAGUACGUUAGGUUAUCGGAUGAUACAUCUGAAAGUGACGUUCUCAAACUCUUGACAAAUCUCUGGAAUUUAAAAUUACCGAAACUCCUGAUUGAAGUCACUGGAGGAGCGAAAGAUUUCGUCCUGAAUCCGAAAUUAAAGCGAAUCUUUUACGAUGGCAUAAUUCGAGUGGCCGUGACAGCGGAUGCUUGGAUCCUCACAGGUGGAACAAAUACAGGUGUCAUGAAGUACGUCGGGAAGGCAAUUCGUGAACAUUCUCUCAAAUCUCAAAAGAAGAUUGUUGCCAUUGGUGUUGCUUCCUGGGGAAUUGUGGAUCAUAGAGAGGACUUAAUUGUAGCAGAGUCAUUCAAGCCCAGGACCAGCAGGGCUCAUAGCCGUGCCCAUAACGUGCUACCAGAGCUUGGACAGAAACACUGCCUGCUAAAGAGGGCAUCUGAAUACCAAGAGGGGGUAAAAUAUUACCGUGUAACCAGUUCGUCUAUGAGCGCUGGUGCCUCACUGGAUCCGAAUCAUAGUCAUUUCAUCCUAGUGGAUAACGGCACAGUGAAGCAAUAUGGCGUUGAAAUUACACUACGAUCCAAACUAGAAAAGCUGAUCUCCAAACAAACUUUGGAUGAAGGAGAACGGUGUAUUCCGGCAGUUUGUAUAGUACUAGAAGGCGGUAGAAAUACAAUCCAAGUUGUAUUUGAGAAUGUUACGUCAGAUCCACCCAUCCCUGUGGUCAUAGCUGAGGGCAGUGGGCGCGCAGCCGACGUGCUCGCCUUUGCGUAUUCAGUUACUAAACAAAAUAAGGAAAUGUCAAAAGAGAACAAGAGUAAACUAAUGAAUCGAAUAAAAGAAGUGGUAGCGAAGGAUGACGUUCAGAGUACGAUGGAGAAUAUAAUGGAGAUUGUAACGAAAAGAGAAUUAUUAACAGUCUUUUCAGUUGAUUCUGAAGUUUGUGCUGAAGGUCUUGACCACACAAUACUCCAAGCGCUUGUAAAGGCCAAUAAUUUACCUGCUAAUGACCAACUCCAGCUUGCGUUGAUUUGGAACAGAGUGGACAUCGCCAAGGAGAAAAUAUUCAAACUCGAUAAUGCAAUCACGGAGGAUUUUUUAAACGAGGCUAUGUUCCAAGCUCUUCGUGACGGCAAACCAAAGUUUGUAAAAUUACUGCUCGAGAAUGGAGUCAGUAUGCAUACAUUUUUGACUGAAGAUAAUCUAUUGAAGCUUUACGAACUUUCCUUGAAUGCACCAGAUUCAGCGCUGAAGUUACUAUACGACCACAGUAAUAUCAAGCUACGACUAAACGAGCGAGCUAGUGGUGCAUUAUGCCUACAUCACGUCGGACGUCUGAUGGAAGAAUUGAUCAGAAACUCCUUCAAAUCAUCUUACACAACAGAAAGACUUCAGAGAUGUCGGUGUCAAGCGGGUGAGAAACGACGAUCACGGAAUCCAAGCGCAAAGGAUUCCGACGAAACCUUUUGCGGAUCACGUUUUCCAACGCCAUUCAGUGAUCUUUUCCUCUGGGCAAUACUAUCGAGGAAGUACGAAAUGGCGUACCUAAUGUGGCAGCAGGGUACGGAAGCACUGGCUAAAUCCAUCAUCGCUGUUGCCCUAUACAGUGCCAUGUCACAAGUGGCCGCAGAACAAUUUGACAUGGGAAGUUUCGAGAAGUUGGAUGCGCAGGCUAAUCAUUACAAAAAGAUUUCCUACGAUAUGCUACAAGUCUGUUUCGAAGAAAACAGAGAAUAUACACGUCAACUUAUCUUAGUAGAAUUGAAAAACUGGAGCAACGAAACCAUCAUGUCAUUGGCUGCUGCAGUGAAUCACAACAAGCUGAUUGGUCACCCGUGCGUUCAAGCUUUACUUACUGACCAAUGGAUCGGUAAAUUACAAAUGAUUUCAAAUAGACAAGUGAUAUUGGGUCUACUAUUCCCGCCUGUAGUUGCAAUGCUCUCCUAUCGGGAAGUUGACGUCAUAAAGAAAUACAACGAAAUUCCCGAGGAACCAACGACGGAAGAUAUUAUAGCCGAAGCGUUCCGAUUAACGGAUGUUAAUGAUUCGCCGGAUAUUGGGGUGUCACGCAAUGAAUACGAGACUGCGCCGAGAGAAGUAACAAGUGAGCCGGACGCCGUUGAAAAACAAGCUUUGUCGAUUCGUCAGUGCUACUACGCGUUUUAUACAGCGCCGAUUGUAAAAUUCUGGUCGAAUACUUUGAUGUACGUAGCUUUCUUACUAAUUUUUAGCUACAUGGUUCUUGUAAAGAUACCGAAAGAGCACAUGGGAUGGAUGGGGUUAUCGCUCAUCGAAUGGGUCGUCAUGGUGUUAGUAUUUUCAUUGGCUGCUGAAGAGAUACGGCAGGUAAUAACUCAAGGCGAUUCUUCAGCGAAUUGGACGUACAAGUUAAAGAGCUGGUCAUCUGAUGUAUGGAAUAUCUGGGAUGCCAUUUGUAUCUUGUUGUUCUUUGUCGGUUUCUUCAUGAGGAUAGCAGCUCGGCACAUUAUAUCCCAAAACGAUGAAGAAGCGAUCGAUUUUCUUAUUCAGAACGGGCGCAUAUUAUAUUGCAUUGACAUCAUCUUUUGGUACAUUCGUCUGCUUGAUGUACUCAGCGUUAGUAAGCUUAUGGGACCGUACGUGAAUAUGAUUGGUCGAAUGUUAGUUGACAUGGUUCGAUUCACUAUCAUACUGGGUGUGUUCGUCACAAGCUAUGGAGUAGCAAGUCAUGGUAUUAUGAAGCCCGACCAACGAGUAAUGAGUUUUGAGGUUAUCAAGGACGUGUUUUACCAACCUUACUGGCAUGUCUAUGGCGAGCUCUUCUUAGAUGAACGGAAUCCUGAUUGUGACGUUGAAACUUGUGAGAAUGGUUCGAUGCUAGUUCCUCUCAUCAUGGCUAUCUAUCUCCUGUUUGCCAACAUUCUUCUCAUCAACAUGUUGAUUGCUAUAUUUAACAAUACAUUUAUCUCGGUGCAACAAAACGCAUUGGAAAUCUGGAAAUUUCAACGAUACAGAAUCAUCUUAGAGUUUAGAGAGCGCCCUCUUUUCCCACCGCCUCUCAUUCUGAUCAGUCACUUUUGGCAAAUUGGCAAAGAACUUGUUGCCUGGCUGUGCGGACAGAAAGUUACAACACACAAGAUGAAGUUGCACCUGACAGACAGUACACAGUCUGUUCUCUACAGCUUUGAAGAAGGCUGCGUUGAGAACUAUCUUCGACAAAACGUGUUAAGAGACCAAUCGUCCCAGGAAAGAACCGUUCAUAGAUUAGAGGAAAGACUUGAUGCAAUGCAGACUAAAUUUGCAGAACAUCUGGAAGCGGCAAAGAAGGUUCAAACACGGUUCAAGUCGAUGGAAGAAAAACAAGAACGAACGCUUGAAGGUGUUAAGGAAGUUCUACACCUGACCAUGGAGACGUACAGGUUGAGUGAUUCGCACACAUGCUGAUGGUGUAAAAACUAUAAUUUAGGCCUACGUGAUUCUGGUCUCCGGAUUGGUCAAGACCAUGGAGAAUACAUCCAUGGUCAAGACACAUUGAUGUUAAAGGCAUUAUAGGUGACACGUUGAGUGGACCUUUUCACUAGACCCCACCCUUGGAUAUUGUUGCUGUGGGGAAACGUAAAGGUACACGAACUUGGUGUUUCUGUGGGACGCCAGUUGUGUAUUCAUGUAUAUUAAAUAGCACUUUCUGAUUGGCCAGUUGUUAAGGUUUAUUGACACUCUGGAAAUAUCCCAUAAGUCUGGCGUAGCACAUCCUAACAGAUAUCAGUGGUAUACAAUUGAUAUUCCGCUGCUUACGAAAUGUAUUUUGAUAUUUAUUUUUAUUAUUGACUUUUGGUGUUAUUCGUAGAUUUUUGUAUUAUCGUUUACACGGUUCGUAGAUAUUAUUUACUGAAUGCUGACCGUUUUGCUUUGAUCAAAGAAGUGUACUAUAACAAUAAGGCAGGUUUCUAAAUCGCAGCGUUGCUGUAUGUAAAAUCACGCAAAAAAAAUAAUCACUCACAAUAUCAUUUCUUGGCAAAAAAAUUUACGAUAAUAAUGAUUUCUAAGUAAACUGUAAUUGUCAUACACUGGUAAAAAUGUUUCCUAUCAUAAUGAAGUUGUGUGUACCUCGUUAGGUCGCCAUUUUGUCCACUUUUCCUAAUGGGAAUCGGGUUAAGAUUAGUUCGCUCAUGUUGUUUUGGUGACCAUCUUCGAUCGGACAUGGUCUUAUGGGUUUCCCCUCACCAUUAUAGAUCGUAAGGGCCCUUCGUGGUGGGUCAGGGUCAUUCGGACUGCCGCAUGAGCGCAGAGCGUUAUGCCACUGCGUUUUAGAGAACACAGGACGGUCACGGACUAAUAAAUCUGACGGUCACGUUUCCUUCAUUCCCCGAAUCGAAUGCUCUGAUUGUUAUGAUAGGCCUAUACGAAUGUGUCAUAAUAGGAAAGAAGCGAUGUGGUUAGGGAUAAAAGACCUUCAAUUACUGUAUUUGUGUUCAGUAAGCCACGAAACAUUAUCAUCCACCUUAGGCCUAUUCAUGCUUGUUUGAACGGCCCCAAGGCAGAACAACCCUUUGUUGAUCUGGGCCUCCGUAGAUCAAUAAAGUUGAACUUGAACAUGUUAUCUUUAUUUAAUAGUAAUAGACCUAAAUACAAUGGGAAGCAUGGUGUGGACGUAUAAACACACUAUAUGUUUAUGGGUCGUCCAUAAUUUUCAACAUUUUCAAAGAGUAAAAAACAUACUCUUUUCUGUUAAACAAAAAGAGUACACACACAAAUGUUGAUUUGUGUAAUUUUGAGAUCAACAUUUUAUCUUUUUCAUAAAAGAGUACUUAUGCCUACAUGUUUUGUACUCUUUUGAAAAUGUUGAUAAUUAUGGAUGGCCCCCUUAUGUACUACAUGGAUGCAGUGACGGCACCAUUGCCCUCAACUUUCAGUCCGACAAGCACACCCAAUCGUCCGACCCCACGACGAGGUCAUCGCCCUAAAAAUAAUAAUAUACCGAUAUUGCUAAACCAAAAAAUAUAUCGCUCCCCAUAAAUCGCACCAGGGACUUAUUCCGUCAACCUGACCAAGGUUCUAGGUGGCCUUUCCUCACCCCUUGGGAUCCCCGGUGUCGGACUUAUUGGACUGUCGGGAAAUUUCUGGAGCAGAGGAUAUCUUUAACAGGCUUCUUCAUCAUGCUAAUGUCUCAUGGUUCCGAUGUAAAUAUCUUGAUAGCGAUCACAGCUUGUUGAGGCAACAACCUCCUAAAAUGUUCGUGUUUAUUUUAAACCGACUUUUCAUAGAUUAAGCGCACAGUGAUCAAUGUCUGGUGCACCUACAAUAGGUCAGACUAAUCGGACAUGGCCAGCACCAUGAAAUACAAGUAUCUACCACCCUUGCCGAGUAGUUGUUAGAAAUGUACUCUGGGGACCAAAACGCUAGAUUCUUCUUCCGACAGACGCUCAUCUAUUGCAAAUCCAGAACAGACUAUAGGUUUUGAAUGCGGCACACGCCCCCGUGCCAUCACUUGAGUUGUCAAUAUGAAGCUCAGUUGUAUAAACAGAUUUAGAGUGUAGGCCUACGUUAGUUAGACUGAUAGUUCCUGCGGUGUAAUGUAACUUAAUCCGACAAGUUCUUCCAACCACUGUGUUCCAACAUUGAUAGUAGGCCAUAUCAUAUAAAAUAAUGUGAAACAUAAAGAGAGAUAAAAAGUACACGUGUAAUAUUGUAUAGGUUCGUGUGCGCUGAGAAGAGACAUUAUUAAAGAAAGGGGCCUGUUUUUCAUUACCAUUUCUAUAUAGAGUUAUGUAUCUAUUUGGCGAUAAGUGCCGUAAUAUUAAUGACGUAGCAAAAGCGCACGGUUACAUUCGUAGCAACGAUUUAGCACCUAAGAACAUAUUUUUAUAUUUCAGUAAUCAAUAUAUUAUCAGGCAUAUCCCUAAAUGUUCCCUUUGUGUAAGCCUUUCCAUUUAUGAAGAUAUCCGGAUACUCAACUACAUAUUGACUAGGUUAUCAUUUCCUUUUUCGCCAUCAUUAAUCGGGGAACUUUGUAGUCACAAGAAACCAAUAUUGUAAUUCGUUCUAUCAUAUUUCUUUAUCCGCACUUUUAACGAGGUCACCAAAACCGAAAUCUUAAAGGGAAACGAAAGAUAAAAUGAUAUAAAUAUAUAUAUUAAUAGAUUGAAUAUGUAUAUAAAUAAACAUAUUAAACAUGUAAUCUA